CGUUGCCAUCUUUUGUUACAUAAUACUGAACUUGCUAAUUUUUCUUUUCUCUCUUGAAAAAGUGGGUGCAGUGGAAAUAAUGGCUGGAUUUAAGGAAUUUUAGUUAUGAAAUUAACAAAUAUAAAGCUUAAAAAGGAAAGCAUCGAAGUGACAAACCCUCUAUUAACUUAAGAAAAAAAGAGUAUUGAUUGUAAUUAUCUUUACGUUAUACACAUAUAAACAAAGCCUGUCCUAUUUCGUAUUAAGAAUUUCUUUGCUAGUUCUGGUUUUAAAUGUCAAUAGGAAAGUUAGAGGUAGCUCUGACGACGUUUGGGUGCUAGCCUUAAUUAAAUUACUUUGAACAGAAAAGAGGCUGAUAAUUCCAUUUGAAUGCAUUAUUAAGUUGAAAAAAAGAAUGCGCCGGAUAAACAUUGGACGUAUGCAUGUCUUUCAGAGCACAAAAUGACAUUUCGUAAAAUCCCUACACUAAUGUGUGUGUGCUAUAGUGCUAUUCUCUUUGUGCUUUUCUCCGAGCAAUCGUGAGCAUUGGAGGCGUGUGAAGAGGAAGAGGACGGCGGCUGCUGUAGCCCGGGACUGUUGAGGAGAAUGGGCUCUAUGAUCAGUAGCUUUUUCCAGACCGGGGGUCACCUCCUCUCGUCUGGAACAUCAGAGACCACUAAGAACAUAGUGCUUGCCCUUCUUCAGGACAUGAGGGAGAAAGAAUUAUCACAUAUUGAAUGGUGCCACAUCGAAACAUAUAUUAGCAAUAUUCCUAAAGGUGAAAACAUUCUCUCUGUUCAAAGUGCAGAUGGAUAUAACUUGCUUCAACGCGCUAUAGGAUUCAAUUGCGUUGAGCUUGUUAAAUGGAUCUUGAACAGAGGCUGUGAUGUUAACAGAGGAGCUUGUAGCUUACCUUUGCAUAUUGCUGCAUUUCAUGGAACAGAAGAAAUUGUUGAGCUUCUGUUGAAACAUGGCGCCAGAGUGGAUCUGGAAGCAAGAAUGUGUUUUCCGGGUCCUCAUAAUCAAAAUUGUGAGUUAAGAUUUUAUGUUGUUCCCGGUAUGGGAAUUGAAGACCGGACGUCCGAUCGGCUACAGUCUGCUGAGUAUUAUGCCAUUGACGGUGACCAAGCUGAAAUUUUGGAGCUUCUUUUGGCCCAAGGGGAAGAUAAUUGGCUACCUUGGCAACAAAAGCGACCCUUGCUGCAUCUAGCUUGUGAACGGGGGGCGUGGAAUUGUGUACGAUAUUUAGUCUCUGAACGCUCUGAUGAAAUCAACCAGUGCUAUGAUGAGUAUUAUCCUAUUCAUCAAGCUGCUAUUCAAAAUCUAAAGUUUCUUGGAUUGUUGAUUCAAUGCGGGGCUGAUAUGAUGGUUCGAACCGCCACACAGCAAAUGACUUUGCUUCAUGUGGUUUUGUUGUCAGGAAGAAAGUCUGCAGAAGAAACAUUAAACACAUUAAAAAUGCUCCUCGACCACGGUUGCCGAGAACUCAUGAACGAACCAGAUACUCUGGGCAACACUCCCUUGCAUGCUUUAAUAGUGCGAUAUGCUUUAGAAGAAUCACAUUAUGGCUACAACCAGGAGCCUAGGCCUUGGAACAAGUGGGACAUGCUUCAUUUAAUGCGAUACUUACUUCAAAAUGGUGCUCUUCCCAGCAUAAAUCAUCCAGGAAACAGUGCUUUAGCUUGUGUCCUGAGACAUAUCAGGGACUGGGAAUUCCGCUAUGAACUGUUAGAGAUGCUUCUUCAGAACGGAGGCAAUCCCAACUCCGUAGGUAGAGAUGGUUCUGUACCCCUUAUGGUUUGUCUAGUACCCCUUAUCAACAAGGAUCCUUUGCACUAUCUGACUCACACAAAAAAAGUUUUUUAUCUUAAUUGUGUCCGCUUACUAUGCAAGUAUGGUGCUAAUCCUAAUUGUUCUUCUCGCAGUAAUCUGACGCCUCUGCAUGUCCUGAUCUUUACUGCUAGUGAGUAUAUCAAUCUGAGUAAUAAGGAGGAAAAAGACAACGCUCUGUCUUUUGUGAGACAGCUACUAGUCAUACUUUUGCAGCAUGGACUUGAUCCGAAUGUGAGAUUCUCCCAAAGAACUCAGCAUACCCUUUUAGCUUUGAUGGAUAUGGUGCAGAAUGCCCGUGUGCCAUGGGACUUGGAUUAUGUUUAUGAUUUGACUCUUGUCUUGCUUCAAUACGGAGCAAAUCCAAAUACUAGUAUUAGUAGUACUGAACCUAUGAUAUAUCAUUCUCAGAGCUCUGUUUAUAUUAAGAAACCAUCUAAUUGGGUUUUGUAUCAUUAUAUUAAAUUGAUUAUUAGGAAAGAAGAACUUCUAAAUGAUGAAGAGCAAACAUUUACAAAAUUAAUAUGGCUCUACUAUUUCUCAAUGAGUCAUAAAGAACUGUACAAGUGCUUUAAAAUUUUGAGCACUCAAACAACACUCAUACCGAUGAAUGGGGCUGUCAGUACGCUGCUGCGCCAGAUGCGUUCGCAACCUAGGACUUUGAAGCAGAUGACGCGCGUCAUCAUUUACAACGCGGUGGACAACAGGGUUGCCCAGAACAUUAAUAAAUUGCCUUUACCCCAACUUUUAAAAGAAUAUCUUUUAGACUGGAAACCUUAAAUGUUUUGAAAAAUGUAUUUAAUAGAGCAUUUUCAAUGUGAAGUCAUUUUUUUUUUGUGAAAUAUUCUAAGAACUGUUGAGCUUUAAUGGUGUAAAAAAUAAGGAAUUUAUGACUGUGAGUUUUUCAACAUAUCUCAAUUGAUUAUAUUCUUCUGAUUUUGUUUUGUUUUUAUAAAAAAGUGAAAAAUAAGGGAGUUCUUUAACACAGAGCCUGUGGAGCACCCUCAGAAUCUUAUCAACUUGUUCCCUAACAAUUUUAUAGUUCAUAGUUUUUACUUAGCAACAAAACUCUUUUUCUGCUAAAUUUUACUUAUAAAGUAAAGUUUGGUAUAUUGCAUAUUACGAGAUGUCCACUAUUAAGACAAGUUUCCUAGUCGUCAUUAAAAAGCUAAUAUUAACAAUGCGAAAAAUAAUAAAUGCAAUGUGCUUAUAAUGAAUUAAAAAUUAUUAACCUCCUGCUAUUACUAAAAAAUUUUUUUGUUGAUAAAAGUACCUUUGCUUUGCACGAAUUAGAUUCUCUGUUCGAAAAGCGCUCCACUGGUUCUGUGCUGCAUAACUUAUCCGUUGAUUUAUUAGAAAUAAAUGUUCUAGAUGUUAAUUCACUACAGUUAAUAGUGACUUAUAAACUAUAUAAAUAGUCUUGACUAUUGUAUGUUAGUUUGUUUUCAAAUCUUUUUCCUCUUUUUAAUCCAUCGUUAUUGCUUGUUAAAGUCAUUUAUGUUUUUAAAACUCAAUAAUAGAUGUAUAUGAUGAACUAUAAUACAAUUCAUUUGAAUGCAUUGAAAUAAUAUUUUUACGGAUCCUUAAAAUUAUUAAUAAACGAUUGUAAUUUAAGGUGGGAAUUUUAAAAUGAUACUGAAAAAUUAUGACCAUAAGCAAUAAAGUAAAGACAAAGAAACGUGUCUGGUAUUGAAAAGAGCAACCUCAAUCCUUAAUUUUUUUUUUUAAAGAGCCCGGCUUAUGCAAUUAAAUGAAUUUUUAAUCUAUCAAAAGAAAAAAAGCUAAGUUUUUAAAACGAAUAUUAUGUGUCAAUUAUUAUUGCUGAAAUGAUUUGAGUGAUCAUUAUUAUUAUUGUUUAAUUACAGAUUUGAAAA